CCUGUGUGUUGUGACUGCAGGAGUCCAUCCUCCUCCUCCUCCGUUCCAGGGAUCACUGGCUGGUGGAAAAAACCCUGCUACCUGAUAGCUGUCUGACGCCCUGAGCGGGGAGUGAGAAUACUCGCCCAUCAAGGAAGGAGCUCUGUCUGACAGCAGCAGGAUGUGUUGGUAAACAAAUGGCGAAAUGAGGGCUCACUGCUGGCAAGCUGUGUGUGAAACUCCAACAGAGAAGAGAAAGAGAGAGCUACAAUUCUGGGCACAGAUUAUAUGAGGAGUCCUGCUUCCCAGCAGCAUACACUGUGUCAGAGUGAGUUCAUAUUCAGUGCUGGCUGAACUUUCAUUCUUUUCACUCUUUGUAGUGUUUAUAGUAGGAGGAUGUAUGCUGGACCAGUGCACACACUGCCAUGGACACAAUAUCCUCAUGCUCUCUGUGUCUGAGUGUGAUGGGGUCUGGCCAGUCUGUGCACUUGUGCCAUGCUUCUCAAUGUGAUCUUUAUGACGGUAGUGAGGAAGCAUGUUCUCUAUUUUAAGAUUAAUUUGACCCUAUUGUUUGCAAAAUAGCAUGUCAUUGGUUUUGUAAAUUAUUGCAAAGCAUUUAUCAAUGUAUGUCACUUUUAUUUCAGUAUAAAAAUAAUAUACCUAUCACUGCUGCCAUCGAUUCAGCUUAGGAGAUGGCUGGUUUAAGGUGACAUGGUACGCACCAUAACCACUAAAACCAAUUGACAUUUUGCAAAUGAAUGCUUUUACAAAUUGAAUAAAAUCGAUCUAAGCAAAGUGGAAUGAGAACAAAAACUUUAACUGUAUCAAGAGUGACUUGCGACACCCAGAGGUGUCCUAUUGUUCACAUAUGGUUUGACCCCUCACUUGGGGACAACACCUGGGGACUCCUGGAACCAAAACUGCUGUAGAGGUUAUGUGCUUAGAGUACCCCUUUAAAAGGGCCACAUGGAUAAAUAACAUUAAUCUUAAAGAGCUCACUUAAAAUUGCCAGAAGCCUAACUCCCACUAAUCUCAUGCAUGUUCUGGCACUGUACUGAGAUUAAGAGUACAUUAGUGUCAGUCAGCAUAUUUUAGAGUUUCUGUAGCAGGGCGUCUUUGGAUGCAAAUAGGCUGCCACGGCACACAAAGCCCACCCUCUCAACAUCUGAUGGGACUUCAUGAAAUAUAUUUACUUUAAGUUUAGCAUUAUUUACUCUUUAACAGGCAUCGGACUGAUCCUGUCUUAUUUGUAUGGAGUGUGUGAAUGUAGGUAUGUAUUUGUGUGUGAUUCAUUUUCAUAGCACAAGAGAAAAGGUAAGAAUGCUUGUCUAAACAUAUUUCUGCUGCCAUGUUCCUCUUCAGCUAGGCAUUCAGCGCCUGGAAGUGUCAGCUGUCAUAAGUCAAUGCCAUUGAUGUACUCACAGGCUGUGUGAUCCUUACUCUGAACAUCUCCAUCCCAGCUGUCCCCUAUAAUGGACUGACCCACACUGUACUUAGUGGAACACUAAUAUGCAGGGCAGGAUUUACCCUCCUGGCUGCCCCCAAGGCCAGUCCUCAAUAUGCCUUCACAGUCCCUUUGUUUAUACAUGUAUAUUAAUGGAUGUGUGUUAUAGUAAAUUUAUAUUCUACUUAUAUGUAUAUGUAUAUAUAUAUAUAUACAUACACACACACACACACACACACACUCUCUCUCUCUCUCACCCAUGUAGACACACACACAAGCACAAAAAGCCCAUGCAGACACACACUGUUGGUUGUGUUGAGGUUAUGACAGUAAUGUCAUAGCCCUGUCCACUCUCCUCUAAUUGGUGCAGUGGCUCAGUGGCUUUGUAUAGUGGUAGCUGUAAACUACGUGUUGACUAGUCCUGACAUGCUUGAAAGAAGCAUUUUAAGUGACCAUUCCUGCAUUACGCCAAUAUUUUACCUUCUAAGGUUAAACAGACAUGGACAUGGCACUCAGACCAUUUCAUUGAGAUGAUGCCGUCCAUGCGUAUCAGAUCCCCAAAUUCUCCUCUGAGGAGCAUUGGUUUGGCCCAUCGCUGGAGUAGACUAUGCCUCCUCAAGGCCAUCACAGGAGGUGGAGAGGAGAGCAGGGCUGAUAUCAGUCCUGAAAAAUAAGGUGAGGAAAAUGUUCUGUUGCGCAUGAGUGUGUGAAGAGCCUGUAUAAAACUACGGGCAGGAGCACUACAGCGGUAUUCCUAACACUAUAGUGUUCCUUUAAUGAUUUAUAUGUCAGAGCUAUUGUAUUGUUUUUUUUCUUAUUAUUAGCAUUUUUUGUAGCAUCAACAUUUUCUCUAAUGCUAAUUUAACAUUAAGUAAUUGUUAUACAAAAAUACAGUUGACUGACACAAUAGGUGAAGUAGGCCCUGCUUAAACAAGCUUACAAUCUAGGAGUAUUGUCACAUUUUAUUGAAAUUCUGUACAAUAAAAUAAACAAUGUUACCUACAGGUAUAUCAUGGCAGUCAAACUAUUGUAAGAAUUGCUUGUGACUCAGAUAUGUUGCCUGUACGAAAAGGAAGGGGAACAGAUUGUAUGUUAUCCAUUGUCAAAAUGGAUAAAUAUUACGAGGCAAUAUGGGUUAGGACCCUAAGGAAGUGUUGGGUAGGUCUACAGGUUACAAGAACUAGAAAAUAGGUAGAAACCUAGUAUGAGGUGUAAAGGCAGUUUCUUUCAGGAUAUUUAAUUAUUUUAUUUUUAUUUCCCACGUUUUCUUAAUGUCAAUAGGUUGUGUUUAAUGGUUUCAUGUAAUCAGUCUUGUUCUGCCUGCCCUGUCUUUGCUAACAUACAGUAAAACUAAAAUUGUAUUUUUGUAAAUGUGAUGGUUUUCAAAAACAAUCUUAACUUAUAUUAGAACAUGUGUCUCCAUGGCUUUCCCUGUAUAUUUUAUAUGUCUAUAUCUCCCUCUAGUAGCCUUUUCGUUUCACUCAUUGCUUCUCUGUCAUUUCUUACUACUUGGAAAGCCAUUAAAUAUGCUUGAAUAAACUUUGCAAGCUGUUACAUUCCACAGAUUAGUAUAUUAUUAAGGUCUAGACAAACAUUAAUCACAGUACAGCUAUGAGUUUUUGACUAAACGUAAGGGAAUACUAUAGUAUCAGGAAUACAAACAUGUAUUCCUGACCCUAUAGUGUUUAACUAUUUAGUUCCCCCUGCCCCCCUUAGAUCACGUGGGAAAACGUACCUCUUCUGCCACGCCAUGCUGGUCUCACCGUGGCUGGCCAUGCCUUGCUCUGCCUCCAUGGCUAAGAUCAUCAAUUUUGAUAAUCUCAAUGCUUUCCCAUUGGAAAGGGAAACACUGUGCUGCUCCAAUCAGCAUCUCCUCAUAGAGUUGCAUUGAAUCAAUAUUUAACAGACUGUGAAGAAAAAAAGUCUGUUCAUAGAAUUACACAAAAAAUCUGAGUUAUUCACUGUUCUUCAAAGUGAAUUUCAAAUGUAAGACUAGAGUAGCUGUACUGAAAGAAUAGCUUGCUGUCUUAGAGGAUUAUUCCAGUUUGCCUAUUUUGACCUUAAAUUUUAAAUUCACUGUCAAUUCUCUUUGAAUUCUCAUUUUAGUGAAUAACCCUGUAUAUAAUUCAUUUUAAAUCAGAAGAUUCAGAGCUACUGGUUCAGAUGAGUCUUACAAAAUUUCAAUAUUUAUACUCUAAAUGGGUCUCUCUUGGUAUUUAUAAUAUAUGCACUUGGCACAGGGCGCGAUUACACAAAAGAACAAAACACUGUGAUGUUAAAUUAGUACAUUGUGAAAAAAUGACAAAGGAAUGGCAGAUUUUAGACCAAAAUAAUCAGUUGUUGAGUUGUUGUUAUUUUGAAAACUACAUUUUCAGUCUAUUUCAUUCUCCAUUACUUCCUGGUUUAGUUGAUACUUUCCAGUAUUUCUGUAGAUAAUUUGAACAAACGUGUUGGUUCAUUUAUAUAUACACAUCAGACAAAGUUUUCCUUUAUUUGUCAUACUUAAGUAUUUUCUAUCUAAACUAUAUUGUUCUACUCUUAUAAAGAAAAUUACAUAGAAACCAUUUUUAAGAAUUAUGCUAUUCCUUUUAUCUCUAGACCAAGCAUCAUACCCACAACAAAUGGAAGAGCCUCUGUGUCAUUCGGAUACCCAGCAGAAUGGUAACCAGGACUGGAUGUCCAAUCUUCCUGCGCGUUUGUGGGAUGUUCCGCUCUACAACUUGUCAAUUCCAGGUAGUAACACAUAAAGAUUAUUCAUUAAACCCAUAUAUUUGUGAGUUAAAUUGUAAUGGCAAAAUGUAGGCAAAAAUAUCUGGCCUGAAAAUUCUCUAACUAAUUUUAGCCUGAAUUUUGCAAUUCAGAUUUUAUUUGUUACUAUUUGGAGUUUAGUGACUAAUCAUGCAUACUUUAUAAUUUUUUCCAUCAAAUUAAAUACAAACAGUGUAGUGUAGUGAUCCAGUUGGGCUGCCUGCUCUGUUGCAUGAGAAUAGCUUUUAGCUUUGUACAAGCUCACACUUUUAAACAUCUGCCAAUGCCAUGACCAUGUCAAGAACAUCUUUCAGAAAAUAGCCCAGUUGUUUUUACAAGACACCAUUAGUUUAAUUUAUCUACACUGAACAAAAUGAUAAACACAACACUUUUGUUUUUGCCCACAUUUGUCAUGAGCUGAACUCAAAGAUCUAAGACUUUUUCUAUGUACACAAAAGGCCAAUUUCUAUCAAAUAUUGUUCACAAAUCUGUGUAAAUCUGUGUGUCACGGCCCCCGGCUCGCCGCCAUGUGCGUCCGUGCCCGACCGACACGACCACACCAACUCACUGAGCUUACCUGCUCAGUGGCGAGCCGGGAACCGCUCCUCCACGCUGCUCCGGGAAAUCCAAGAUGGCGCCGACCAUGCGGUUGCUUCAAUCCAUGGCUCCACCCCCCAAAAUUAUGAAGUCACGUCAUCGCACGCGCACGUUCUAGGGUCAGAGGUCAACCUCUAACCAAUCAGAGCCUAGAGAGGGAUAUUUAAAUCACUAAUUCACACCAGUACCUUGCCCUGUCGUGGUUUCCUGUUCCUGGUUUCCUGAGAGUGCGUUUUUCCUUGCGAUAUUGAUAUUCUGGUAUUCUGAUCUUGGUUAUUCCUGGUUAUUUCUGGUUCCCCUGACUUGGCUUGUUUAAACGGUAUUGUGUAUUUCUGGCUUCCUUGACCUAGGCUUUUUCCUUUGACCAUUCUCUGUCUCUAACGUAUUAGUCCAGCCAUUCCAAGGUCCGGUUUACGUUCUGUCCUUUUAUUUCCUUUCUUAUUUCUAUGUAUAGGUUUACAUAGUUUCUGCGUGUUGGACCACACUAGCAGUCGUGACACUGUGUUCGUGAGCACUUUGUCAAGAUAAUCCAUCCACCUCACAGCUGUGGCAUAUCAAGAUGCUGAUUAGACAGCAUGAUUAUUGCACAGGUGUGCUUUAGGCUGGCCACAAUAAAAGGCCACUCUAAAAUGUAUAGUUUUAUCACACAGCACAAUGUCACAGAUGUCGCAAGUUUUGAGGUAGCGUGCAAUUGGCAUGCUGACUUCAGGAAUGUCCACCAGAGCUGUUGCCCAUGAAUUAAAUGUUCAUUUCUCUACCAUAAGCCGCCUCAAAAGGCAUUUUAGAGAAUUUGGCAGUACAUCCAACCGGCCUCACAACCACAGACCACAUGUAACCACACCAGCCCAGGACCUCCACAUCCAGCAUCUUCACCUCCAAGAGCGUCUGAGACCAGCCACCCGGACAGCUGCUGCAACAAUCGUUUUGCAUAACCAAAGAAUUUCUACACAAACUGUCAGAAACCAUCUCAGCGAAGCUCAUCUGCAUGCUCGUCAUCCUCAUCGGGGUCUCAACCUGACUGCAGUUCGUCAUCGUAACCGACUUGAGUGGGCACAUACUCACAUUCAAUGGCGUCUGGCACUUUGGAGAGGUGUUCUCUUCAUGGAGGAAUAACGGUGUACAGGGCAGAUGGCACACAGCGUGUAUGGCGUCGUGUGGGUAAGCGGUUUGCUGAUGUCAACGUUGUGGAUCGAGUGGCCCAUGGUGGCGGUGGGUUUAUGGUAUGGGCAGGUGUAUGUUAAGGACAACGAACACAGGUGCAUUUUAUUGAUGGUAUUUUAAAUGCACAGAGAUACCAUGACGAGAUCCUGAGGCCCAUUGUCGUGCCAUUCAUCCACGACCAUCACCUCAUGUUAAUGCACUGCCCCAUGUUGCAAGGAUCUGUACACAAUUCCUGGAAGCUGAAAACAUCCCAGUUCUUGUAUGGCUAGCAUACGCACCAGACAUGUCACUCAUUGAACAUGUUUGGGAUGCUCUGGAUCGGCAUAUACGACAGCGUGUUCCAGGUCCUGCCAAAAUCCAGCAACUUCGCAAAGCCAUUGAAGAGGAGUGGACCAGCAUCCCACAGGCCACAAUCAACAACCUGAUCAACUCUAUGCGAGGGAGAUGUGUUGCACUGCGUGAGGCAAAUGGUAAUCACACCAGAUACUGACUGGAUUUCGGACCCCCCCCCGGAUCUACUCGGACCCUCCCCAAUACAGUAAAACUGCACAUUUUAGAGUGGCCUUUUAUUGUGGCCAGCCUAAGGCACACCUGUGCAAUACUCAUGCUGUCUAAUUAACAUCUUGAUAUGCCACACCUGUGAGGUGGAUGGAUUAUCUCGGCAAAGGAGAAGUGCUCACUAACACAGAUUUAGACAGAUUUGUGAACAAUAUUUGAGAGAAAUCGUUGUUAUAUAUAGCAAGCUUUCUCUAUUACACCUUUCUUUAUUAUACAUUUUGUAAAUGGAAACAUUUUAUAUAAAUGUUAUUUUAUACUUUGGAAGUAUCUGAACAUUAAACUUGACUUUUAUUGCUUUUGUAGGGAGCCAUGAUACAAUGAGUUACUGUUUGGACAAAACCUCACCAAUAAGUCCAGAAGCACCAAAAGUAGCCUUCCUAUUGGAUCAGUAUGUGCCCAGCAUUGUCCGAAACUUUAUUUACAAAUGGAGCAGAACACAGGUAUUUUCCUCUAUAUGUCGUCCUUCCUGGUAUCAGUUGAAAACAUCCCAAAGUUUUAAAAGGCCUGAUAGUGUUUUUAAGGGGUGUAGCCAAGGAGUGACUCAUUUUUGUAAAUAAGAAAAAAGUCAUUUAGAAUUUGGUCAAUGUGUAUUGCUUAUAUUAGUUUUGUUAAGGCCUGGGAUACACCUCUAGAAUAUAGGCAGAAACAAGGUUACAUGUAUUAAAGGAGCACUAUAGGGUCAGGAACACAAACAUGUAUUCCUGACCCUAUAGGGUUAAAAUAACCAUCUAGCCCCCCUGGUCCCCUCAUGCCUCCCUAAACAUAGCAAAAUCUUACUUGUAUUCAAGUCUGGAGCUGCUAGCUCUGGCUCGGUUUCCUUUAGACCUGCCCACUGCCUGCUGACAUCAGCAGAAGUGGUAGCCUGAUCCAAUCACAAUGCUUUCCCAUAGGAUUGGCUGAGACUGACAAAGAUGUAGAUCAGGGGCAGAGCCAGCAUGAUUCAAACACAGCCCUGGCCAAUCAGCAUCUCCUCAUAGAGAUUAAUUGAAUCACUGAAUCUCUAUGAGGAAAGUUCAGUGUCUGCAUGCAGAGGAAGGAGACACUGAAUGUUUGGAUGUAUUUUAGGCAGCCAUGACCCAGGAAGGAUCUCUAACAGCCAUCGGAGGAAUGGCCAGUGAAGUUAUCACUAGGGUGUAAUGUAAACACUGCAUUUUCUCUGAAAAGACAGUGUUUAGAGCAAAAAGCCUGAAGGUAAUGAUUCUACUGACCAGAACAAAUUCAAUAAACUGUAGUUAUUCUGGUAACUAUAGUGUCCCUUUAAGGUCACAAAGUGGUAAUUUUCAUACUACUAUUUGGAUUUUAUUAAUUUGUAGUUUAUUGGUAAUUCUUGGUAUAGUAUCACUACUAACAAAUUAAAAAAUAGCAAGUCUGCUUAAUAUUGCUAAUCUUCCAUCAGAAAAAAAAAAAAUCACCUUUCUACUACAACAUGUUCAAAUUUAAAGUGGCACUCCAAUCACCAUAGGCACUGCAACAUGUUUAAGUGGUUAAGGUGCUAUGGGCCAACUCUCUCUGCAGAGACUUUCAGGACCCAAAGCCACCCUCCCCCCAGCUUCAGACACCAUAAAGAAUAAAGAAGAAGUUUAACUUAUCUCUCCAAAAUUAUGUGAAUGAUACUGAUCUAUAUAUAUCAGAAUGUAUACCCAUAUAUACACUAUAUGUAAUGCUUGCUCCUGCCAUGCACUGUAGGGGCUUUAAAAACUGAGGUAUAGGUGUCCACUGAUUACACCUCAUCUCUGUAAGGAGUGACAGAUAAUGAAUGCAUGCCCAUGAUGUAACAGUGAAAUGUAUCAUAAUGCACAGCAUCCUCACACAAUAUCCACAAUAAUAUUCUUACCAUGCAUUAUAAUGGCUAUGGUGAACUUUGUGAAUAGUUUUAUAUUAAUGUCUUUGUGCUUUUUUGAUUUUUCUUAGGUCUACAUAGAUAGACUGUUCUGCGUCUGCACAUACUCAACAUUUUAAUGUAUUAUAUUAGUCUUAUAAAAAUGUUCCUCAUUUUGUACUCCUUUAUAAUUUUUUUUUGUAGUAUCUAAGCGUUAAAGAGCAGCUAGAUUCUGGUAUUAGAUACAUGGACCUUCGAAUAGCCAUUCGGCCUGAUGACCCAUCUCAGAAUUUCUACUUUGUUCAUGGGCUUUACACAUCUGUCACUGUAGAGGUAAUUCAAUUAGUAACUAAUUAUGUGUGUGAUUAAGGAAGCCACUUCCUGGUAAUUAGUUAUAAUGAUUUUUAUAGAAGAGUUAUUUAUCUACUUUAACAUUUUAGUUUUGUAGGAUUACAAUUCCCAUCAUGUAUGUUCAGGGCCGGUGCAAGGAAUUUUGCCGCCCUAGGCAAAAAAAAAUUUGCCGCCCCCUCCACCCCCCCAUAUGUCCUGCCCACCAUGUGACAUCACAAUGCCCUGCCCAUAUGCUCUGCCAUUCUUCACAAAGUGUCUUUUAUCUGAAAAGACAGUGUUUACAUUAAAAAGCCUACAGGCACAGGCUAUAGACACCAGAACCACUGCAUUAUGCUGUAGUGCUUCUGGUGACUAUAGUAUCCAUUUAAUGUGAGGUAAAUUAGAGAUUAGUGCCACUGAUAAUAUAUUGGAUUGCCUACUUACCACCAGAUGAGGACAAGAGGAUGAUGAUGGGCUCUGUCUGGCUCCACAUUUCUGGUGUAGAAGAGGCUCUCUGGAGACUGUUUUUAACAGUGCUCACAACAAUUAACGAACAGGAAGCACCUCCAUUUUUUAGGGCCCCUUACACAGCUCAAGGUCUGGGUCCCCAGGGCUUGACCGUGAGUAUGCCUACAAUGCCCAACCAUAAAUCCACCUACAUGGCCCACCCGUGAGUUCUCUUACAGGAAGUGGAGUGUAUGUGAUGUUUUAUGUGUUACUGUAGAGGAUGCAACGUGUGUGGGAUGUAGUGUGUUUAUAGGGGAUGCAGUGUGUGUUUGCGUGUAAGGAAUGCAUUGUUUGUUUCUGGGUUUGUGUGUAAGGGGUGUAAGGGUGUGUUUCUGUGUAUUUAAUUGAAUGCAGUGUGUGUCUGUAAGGGGUGCAUUGAUUGUGUAAGAGAUGCAUUUUGUUUCUGUGUGUAAGAGAAUGAGUUUGUGUGAAUGUAAGGGAUGCAUUGUGUGUUUCGGGUGUGUCUGUGUGUGAGUAGGAAUGCAUUGUAUGUUUCUCUGUGUGUGUUUGUGGGGGGAUGCAUUGUGUAUGUGUGUAUGUGUGUAGUGUAAAAGAGAGGGUUUGUGGGGUAGGAUAGGGACUGAGAGGGGAGCAGCUCUUAAUUUUUUGCAUAGUGCUCACCCUCCUGUCAAUUAUUGAUUUCCCCUUCCCUCCUGUCCCUUAGUGCUCUCCCUUGGCGGUCUUCUCAUUCCCCCUCAGUGGUCCUCCAUCCCUCCCCUUAGUGGACCUCCCUCUCCCAAACCCCUUAGUAGACAUUCCCCUCCUCCCCCCACCCCCUUAGUGGUCCUUACCCUCCUCCCCUCUCCUUAGUGGUCCUCCCUACAUCUGCAACAUACACAGGGCCGGCGCUACCUGUAAGGCAACCUAGGCAGCCGCCUAGGGUGGCACCUUAGCAGGGGGCCAGUGGCCAGUGGAUCCCUGCUGCCCGGCUUGGCUCCUCAUGCUGCGCCGCCUGCCAGAACGCUUUUGACAAGCCUCAGACGGCGCAGCAGGCUGCUGUGGAUGGGCUGUGCGCCGCUGAUUUGAGUGACCGGCAUUUUGGUGGUCCUUUCCCCCCUUAGUGGUCCUCCCUCUCCCAAACCCAUGCUUAGUGGACCUCCACCCCUCCAAUCCCUCAUGUGGUCCUUCUCCCACCCCCCCAGAGGAUCUAUCUUAGCAUCUUCCCCUCUCUUUCCCACUGGCUUGGAGGUAAGUAAAUUAUUUUACAAAAAAGGUGUGGUCAUCUAAGUAAACUUUUACAACAAUCAGAUUUUUCGAACAGCUGAGAGAUAGGUCCAUCUGUUGAUUAAAGAAAAAGUGAGCCUGAGGGGUGUGUCUUCCUGCCCUUAGUAGAAGAUAUUCACUAUGCCUUGUAUUACUGUCUCCUAACCUAAUAGUCUCUGAUAGAGGGUGCAGCAAUACCCUGGUCACAUUUGUUGUGGAGGGUUGUAUGGUUUUUGGACACACAUGCAAAUGGCAUUUCCUUUAUUAUUGGUUGCCAUGUCCCCCUCGUUUUAACCCUGCAACUAAAACCAUUGACAUUCUGCAGAAAUGGCAGUGUUUACGUUGCAGGGUUUAAAUGCCUCUAUUGGCUGUCACUCAUAAAGACUAUUAUUGCACAUUAAUGACACGCUGCACCAAUAAUGGUGCAGCGUGGCAGUUUGCUGUGCAUGUGCAUUAACCUUCCAGUACUUUAAUAUCAAGAUUGAUGCUCUCUUCCAAGGAUGCGGAACCAGCCACGGGGUGAGCAGCGCAGUAUGGCAAAAAGGUGAGUACAGUCAAUGGUGUGUUUUGGAAUUGUGCUGCCCUAGGCACGACUAAAUUCCGGCAACCCCCCUUAUCUAAAUUUGCCUCACCAAUUUAUGUCAGGGCCAUUUUCUUUGACUGACAGACACACACCCUCAUUGAUACAUUCACUGACAGAUACACAGUCAUUGGCACACACACUGUUUAACCAACACACACUUUCACUGGGACACACACUUACACACCCACUCACUGACAGACACAUACUCUCAGAUACACAUACACUGACUCACACACAUCCUCACUGAUUUGACAGACACACACAUUCACUCAGUCACUCACAGACACACACUGGCAGCUACAAGCACUCACUCAAAUACAUACAUACACUCACACACAUUCACUGACAGACAGACACAAACACACUCACUGAAAGACACACACAUACACACACACACACACAUUUUCUCAUACACUCAUUACACUCACAAAUUAUUGAUACUUUUUUAAAAUUUAAAUCCACGCAGCUUCCCUACCUUUAGGCGCUCAAUGGAGGCGGCAAGAGAACUGAGCUCUUAUUGCACUGCUCCCUCUGCACCGCUUAGUGAUGCCAAGGCCAGAGAGACGUCAUAUUCUGGCUCUGGGCAUCACAGAAGGGAGCGCAAGGGAGCAAGAAGAGCAGAGGACAGCACUCCCUCACCACCCGGAUAGAAUAUUAGUAGUUUAACACCGUGGGGGGGCCUUAAGGUAGCCAGCCAGCCAGCUCUCGGGCCCACCAGGACACAAGGCAAAAAAGGCAUUUGCCUGGGUGCUUAGGGUGGCAUUUUUUGCCGUCCCCCCUGAAAGUGCCGCCCUAGGAAAGUGCCUUGUUUGCCUUGUGGUAAAUACAGCCCUGAGUACAGUACUUUCUUUACUCCUUACAGGGGUGCGAUCACCUAAGCAGUGACUAGGACAUUAUAGCGAAAGAAACAUAUAUUUCUAUUUCCAACACUAUAGUGUUCCUUUAAAGUUACCUAAGUGAUUUAUUGUUUAAUGUGUCGGUGCGGUUUUUGUAGUGGAGCCAAGUGAACUUAUGUUUUUGGGAUGGCAUGACAUUAGUAAAGAAUACAAACUAUUUCUGGAAAAUAUGAUAUAUAAAAAUUACCGAACAUUUUAUAAUUGUUCUCCGACUGGCGGUUUUGUGGCUCCGGUAGAUCAUGGGCUAAGAAAACAACCAGAACCAAGCCUGAACACAAAUGGGCCAUAUGGAGCCUCAUGGAGGGACAGCAACCACAAGUUUAUCAUGGACACAGCAAGUAUUUACUAAUGAUACCUGAAACAGGCAUAGGCUGACAGUCCCCCUACAUGCAAUUCAUAGCCCUCAGUCGGUUUGCAUUAUUUCCUCUUAUUUGCUUUAAUUUGUAUUCACUCUGGCGACAUCAACAUACUUGUCUCUUAUCUUACCACCCAGUGGACUCUUGUCACAUGUAACACCAACCAUAGUACCCAGCGGCUACCCUGCUGACAAAUUAACUACAGUUUAGCGUGUUCCCUUAUCUUGAUAUAUUAUACUCGACUACGUUAUUGUCAAUCCAUAUAGUAUAUCUCAAACAAUUCUUUUCUUGUUAAGCAACACUAUAUGCAUCACUAUGUUUAUCUUUAAAAAUGUGCAGUACUACUACAUGCCACAGUUUAACGCCUCUUGAAAUGUCUGUAUUUACUGUUGUGGCAUGGCAAGCCUGUCUGUCAAACUUUUGCACAACAAAAAUAAAGAAUUAAAAACAAAAAAAAACAAAAAAAAACAUUUUAUAAUUGUUAACCAUGUAAUGACAAAGGCGCAGUCUACCCUUGGGACAAAUGAUGGAUUAGCACAAGAGAAACACAAAAGAACUAUUACUGAGAUUAGAUAUUUGUGAGGGGUUUUUUUUAACCUCUUUUUUUUUUCUUUUCUUUGUUUUUUGUUGUUAAAGGUAAUCUUACAAGAUAUCUUAAGAUGGUUACAGAUUCAUCCGAAAGAGAUGCUUCUUCUAUCCUGUCGUGACCUUAUUGGAAUACCUCCUAUACUUUACACCCAUUUCAUUCGCAUUAUCCACAAAAUACUUGGUCCCAAGCUGUGCCCCAAAAAUGCAAGUAUUAAAUGUUUUUGGCACUUUACAGCUAUAAGGUUUGCAUGUGAAGCAAUGAAAAGUAGAUUGUCAAAGGUAAUACAGUUAAUACAAAAAAAAAUAUGAGAUGCCAGAUUAGAAUUUGGUAUAAGUAUGAUGAUGAUGGAUAUCACUUAAAAAAAAAAAAAAAAGUUUCGUACAACACCUGCAUGCCCCUUACGGCAUCAAGCGCUGGGUAGACCUGGAACACACGAUCUUCGCAUCCCUACACAUAUGGUUGCCUAAACAAGCCAGACCACAUAUCACUAACACCUCACCGGCAAUCACAAACUCCAUCAAAAUAUGGGAUAAAAUCACGACCAAAUGCUCCAUGAUAUUAUCUCCCUCCCCACUAACGCCAAUUCUGCGGAACACACAGUUUGCCCUCGGUAUGUCGCCCCAAUACUUCUCCAGAUUCGAAGAUAACGACCUCACCCGCUUCUACAAAUUCUUCCAAGGCCAAACAUUACUCCCCUUCCUCGACCUCCCACAACAUACCCCACUAAACACAUUCGACCACUUUCGCCAUCUUCAAAUUCGCAGCUUCCUGGAGACACCAACCAACAAAAAAGCAAGCACCACAUAACUGACCCCCCUUGAGAAAAACUGCAUGAUUAACCCAAUCCACAAAAGCCAAAUCUCUACCCUCUACACAACCAUCAUAACAGCCCAAAACGAAAACUCCCUAACCUACGUGUCGGCUUGGGAGAGGGACCUCGGGCCCCCAGCCUUCCCUCAGACUGUGGGGAAAUAUGGGAGGCCACGGCCACGGCCUCAGUCUCAAUUUGUGUAAACCACAAAGAGCAAGCAUAUAAGACCCUAAUGCGAUGGUACCUCAGGCUAAAACAGAUUGGAGUCUCGAACUCCAAUCUGUGCUGGAAACAGUGUGGGAACAAUGGCACCUACCUCCACGUGUGGUGGGAGUGCCCACAAAUAGCCCAAUUAUGGCUCCAAAUCGCAUCUAGGGUACUACACACCACAAUACCGCUGGACCCCUGGACCUGGCUCCUAUCUAAACCGCUACAACAUACCCCCUGCAUCGCCCUAGCAACCCAAAGAGCGAUCGCAGAGGUCUGAAGCAGGCCCGAUGUCCCAACACCACAGGUAGUAUUACGCAAAAUAGAGGAAGCCAGACAGAUGGACAAACUAUCUGCCUCAGUGCACGACACCAUCACAAGCUUUAACAAAAUCUGGAACCCCUGGCUAUACGAAUUCCCAAUACCCACAUAAGAAACCCAGGGGAGAAAACACACUCGCCCCCACACCCAAGCACACCCGCCUCCGCCAGCCCCCCCCCUUCUUUUUUUCUCUCCUUUCUUUCUUCUCCCCUUCUUUCCCCCUUUUUUUCAUCCUUCCUUGUUUCCACACCCUACAGACACCGAUCACCACACCAACACACCACCCCCUACACAACACACCAGAGAAUGACUACGACAAACAUACCUAGACCCCGUCCACACACUUGAUCAUAAAUGUCAGACGAUGCCCAACCCAAGCCUCAAGAACCCCCCCCCCACCAGCUGACAAAGACCAUAACUACAACGCCCCCACAUCCAGGUCAGACCAACAUAAUGCACAGAAUAGACAAAAUAGGACCAUACCAAACCACUACGGAAAACACUGCAGCAACAGCCAACACCAACUAACGGACCAUACCAACAGCCACACUAUCAGACACACUCGCAACAGGCUAACCUAGCAUCAACGGAGACAGAACCAAAGCAGACCAUCGAGAUACACAAUCCCCCUCUCCCCUCUCCCCAAUCCACCAAAUAAUCAUACCGCAAGACAAUAACAAGCAAGGGAGAAAGAGGGAGCCGGGAGGGUCAGGGGAAAAAUCAAGCAAAUCACAAAAAGACCCAAACAUGUCUGGGUGACCUGCAUAAAAACCAAGUUGAUGUUAUGUAUGUCAUAUGUCCAAGUUGAUGUUAUGAACGCUAACUAUUGUAAGCAUAACUAUAUCACAUUCCCAAUCUCUUUUUUUCUCUACCUCUUCCCCUAAAUAUUAAAAUUCUCAAAAAAAAAAAAAAAGGUUUCAUCAAGUUAUAGGUGAUUUUGGGUGUUUAAUGAUGUUUGUUAUUUCAUUUUCACAUUAAAGGGAACACUCUAAUGUUAGGAUUGCAAACAUGUAUUCCUAACAUUAAAGUGUUUUGAUAUAUAUUCAGAUUAUCAGACCCCCUGGAAAAUCAAGUAAAGCAUGUUUUUUUAACUUACCUUUAGUCCCUCGCUAUGCUGAUUACCAUGUGGCCGUUGUUCUACCCCAGCUGAUGUCAUCAGUCGUGAUGAUCUCAUCAAAUCCAAUGCUUCCUAACAGGAAGCAUUGGGGGCCAGAGCACAUGUGCGGCAAUCACUGCUCCAAUCAACAUCUCCUCUUAGAGAUCCAUUAGAUCAUUGCAGAGAGCAGGGUAUUUAUGAUUGCCACGAAUACUGUCUCAUGUCAGUAAAGUAAACACUUCCGGGGACACCAUACAUGCUACUCACAGUCUGGCAGCCUGGUCAUCCCCAAAUACUGUAACGGUACUUACCCAGUCCGAGUGCCAGCACGGGUCCUGCCUCCAGACGAGCUGCAUGCGUCUCGAAAACUCCUGGCCAGCUGCGCACCAAAUAGUCUGAUCGGACGGAUUGCCCGUACAAUAUUGGGAAUGCUACUCGCAUCUCGUGCAUGUUCUUAAAGGGGAAAUGGGAGUCUAACCUUGCGGUUGGCUCCCAUUGGCCCACGACAUUCCGGCGCCCCCAUUCACGCACGUUUUGGGGUGCAUACAUGACGUGGACCAAUCAAAUUAAAAAUAAAAGUAUUUCAAUUUACCUGGCCCUAGAUUCUUUGCCCUAUUGGGAUUUCUGUUCCCAGUACCCUUUAGUGCAUUCCUUGUGAUUUGUAUUGUAUUCUGGUAUUGACCUUGGCUUUGUUUCCUGACUCUGAGUUUCUCUUUAACCCUUGCCUGUCUUGUUUUCCCUUCUGAUUAUUACGGUGUACCUAACUCUGGCUAGUUCUCGUUUUCACUGUCUCUCCAUUACCCUGACCUCUGCUUGUAUUUUGACUACGCUUUUCUCUGUAUAAUAUUAAGUCCGGCCACUCUAAGGCCCGGUAAGACAUUUUUAUUUCAUUAGUCCGUUCCUUGCUACCCUAAACUCUGCGUGUUAUACUCCAUGACACCAUCAUUGUUAGUUACUACAUUUUCUUCUGUAUAGGAAACUCCAACUCUGAGGAAUAUGUGGAAACAGGGCUACCAAGUUAUUGUCUGUGAUGGCAGUAUUUUACAAUUGGUAGAUGAAUAUCUGUGGCCUCCCAUUCCAUAUUUGUGGGCUAACACAACUAGCACUCGUUUCUUAAUACACUUCCUGGAGAAGGAAAAACAGAACGGCCGACCAGGUAAACUAUUGUAUUAUACUGUUACUCUUACCUAAAUAUUGAUGCUUGGAUUAUCGAAUCCAUAUAAUGGCACACAAGUAUUAUUACAGCAGGUUUAAACAUUUCUGAUAAGCCAAUCUUUGAGACUCUUGUGCCAUCCUCAGCAAUUUCAACAACUGGCUAAAAUCUAGUGUGUGUUUUUAGAGACAUUGUUUCCUAGAAUCAUUUGCCCUACAGCAGCACAUGCAGAAUUAGUUUAUGAAACUGAACAGAGCAGGGCUAGGAGGCUGUAUUCAUUAAACAGAGAACUGAAACCCGAAUUGCAAAAUCACGAUACUGUAGUGGAGUUUGAGAAUCUUUCCAAAUCUGCUACUUUAGACAAAAUGAUGUAAUACUGUUUAAUGAAUAAACCAUAGUUGUCUUCAGUGGCCCUACACUGGGGUCACAUUAUUAGAUGUUCUGUAAUUCAUUAGCACAAUUUACCAUACACAAUCUACAAUAUAGCAAUGAUUCUAAUAUAGUCCUGAAAGACUCUAUAAUUCCUGUAUCAAAAACAAACCACCUUACUAGUUCCUCAUUAAUGUAGCCAGCAAGUCAUUAAUUAGUGCCCGUACUGCAGUAUCUCUGAUACCUGUUCGAACUGCAAAUUUGAGUUCCAGAUUUGGUGAACUCUGCUUUUUAUUAUUUAGAAGUUAUGAAAAUCAUUGACAGUCUGGUAAAACAUUUACACACUAGGACAUAUGUUGAAACCAGCAAAUCCUAAAUGUGCCCUUCCUAUUUAAAUAAUUGGAGAUUAUUAAUGCCAUAAAUGACCUCUGUUUGUUCCAACCAACUUCAGCCAGAAUAUACCUUACUGUAUGAAAUAGGGUCAAUGGUCCAUUUUCAUACCGAUCUGAUUUGAGACCCAAGAGACAUCUAAUGUUUUGCAUAGUACUGAAGGAGCACAACAGCAUACUGCCUAUAGUGUCCUUAUUCAAUACUAAAGGAAGCAAUAAAGUGAGUUAUGUGCCAAUGGAUCUAACCUAUUUCCAUCCCCUUCCACCACCAGAGACAGGUCACUAAGCAUGCCUCUCAUAGAUUUGCCAUUAAUUAUCAGAAGAAUAAACAUUCCAGUUACAUGACAUCUGUUGAUGGUUUGAUACUAAAGUUGGUAUUUAUUACAGUUGGAUUCUUUACUGCUGGCCUCAACCUGACUGAGGACUCAUUGUACAUCUUACGUCACCCCUUUGGAUCAAUCAGAAAACUGACUCUUCCAAAACUUCAAUUUCUUUACAAAUGGGUGCAGAAUCAACACGCAGGACCUCAGAAGGAUGCAAUUAACAUAAUUGCAGAAGACUUAAUUGGGGCAGAUAAUUUUGUGUCUGCAGUUAUUAAUCUCAAUAGAAAGCUGCUUGCUGAUCCCUGAGUAUAUAAACAGGUUGCAUUCAUCAACAUAACAAGAAUGCACUUGACUUUUUCAAUGAAGCACUCAGGUAAAGAGUUUGUGAAGAUGUACAUUUCUGGGAAGCUAAUUGAUGCUCAUCAUUCAGGAAUGCUGAUAUAAAACAUAAAAAGAAAAUCAAACAAACCACACUUUCAUCACCAAAACAAUGUAAUUGUUCCACAACAGGGACAAUUAAAUAAUCAACCAGUCACAUGGCAAACUCUACUUAAAACACAUUGUCUACAAAGACUUUAUUUCUGUACAGAUAUUACAGGAAAAUGUAUUGUUCUCUUUGCAAUAAUUGACAUCAUUACUAGUUCUUUUAUAUGUGUCACUACAAUGAAAGCAUUUUAAGCAGUUGUUAAGGACUCCCACUGAAAACGAUGUGGAGAGAAACACACGUUGGUUAUAAAUGAACACUGCUGGGAAUUAUACCUUGAAACUAGAAUGUGGAUAUUAUAAUUAGCAUUUAAAUGGUGCCAACAUAUUACGCAGCUCUUUACAGUUAUACAGAGGGGAUAUAAAAUGACAAGUAUUGACGUGUAAUGUGAUAUUGAUAGUAAUAAGAAAAAGGCUCGGAACUUACAAUCCUACACAUUCCAUGGUGCUGGUGUAAUAUAUUUUGCUGCUAUGGAGCCUGCUGCGGCACCUUCAUUCCUCUGGUUCUAAUUGCUCCUUCCAUCUAUACACAGAAUUAGCUGAUGUGGGGACAUUACCCCAAGCAGAGGAACCUACCCGCAUGAUGCUGACCUGUUGGCUUUUCCCUUUACACAUCAACAUCAGAACAGAGUGACAAAGCAUAUUCCUAUAUUCGCCCAGGUAGCACGAGUAGUGCAUGCUGGACGAAUAUCUGUGAAAAAGAGCAGGAGAACCACCUGGGGAGGAUUCCCCUGCCCUCCUUCCUCAUCCAACCUUUGCCAUAGAUAUAUGUGCUAAAAACACCUUAGACACAACUGGGUAAUCCCUAAAUCCUGGACUUUUAGGGGGUACUUGAGGACUGGGUUGAGAACCACUGGUCUAGAGGAUGCCCAUCUGUAGAGCUUGUCUUUAUCAGCCUUUAUUGAUGAACAGUAGUUCUUCGAUGUGACCUUGAAAUGUGGUGGUGAUGCACUGAAGAGCAGUAUGAAAUAUUAACUACUGCUUCAAACCUGAGAUUGGAACUUACACAAGUACAGUGUGUCCCGUCAUACAAUAUGAAUGCGUGCUAUGUUAAAGAGAGACAGUACACGGUUUUGGUGGAUAGACCGUGCUCUUGCAGCCAACUGCUCAAUUUUCUGCCAUUUAGUGUAUGUUCCACCAUAAUUUAAGGGUUUCUCUUUUAAUGCACCAAUACAUAUAUAUUUUUUGAAGGACAGACAUUGUUUUCUUUUAAUAUUCUAUAUGUAUGCCUAAUGCAACAUUAACACUUUUUUUUCACAGUUUGUCUUGAAACUUUUAUACAUCAAGUCAACUAGAGAUGUCUAACUCCUGAUAGUCACAUAUCAGUCCUUGAAGACUUAGGUCAAAACACGUUGUGUUUGUGCUUAUGUGGAUGGUUUUAAACUUACAUGUAAGGUUUUACUUUAUUUUGAAUAAAAUUGUUAUACUUUAACUUCCAGCUGUCUAUAUCCCACCAUAUGAGCAACACUAAGACACUGAGAAAAAUCAGAAGACAUAUGUUAAUGGGGAUGCCUAUUACUUCCAUAUACUGAUGAUGCAACUCGAUAGUGAGGAGUGUAACCAGUAUGCAUAUGUACACUUACAAAAAAAAUGUUAAAAUAAACCACGAGAAGCUUUUUCCUUCACUUAUUUUAGCUCUCCAGUUGCACAUAGAGACCUACUGACUGACAUAGACCAACAAUAAAAGGGUCAUAUUCCUUGUUUUAUUUUGUACCUUGUGUGCACUUUCACUUUUAUAUAUUUUGUAUUCAUUUUUAUUUUUUGUUAUUCUUCAGUGACUGACUCACGGGUGAUAUAGCUGGACCAUUAAUCUAUUCAUUUUUUUUUUUUUUGUAUCUACUGAUUGUUAAAUAUGUCUAGGAUCUAAAUUGAUCUAGGAUUUACUAUCCCAAUUCUAGCACUAAACCUAUGCUUACACUAUAUUCGUUCACCUACCCUAACCUUAUACUAAUUGUAACCCAGCACUAUACCUUAUCCUACAGUACCCCUACAGCAACUAUAACUGUAACCCUAACUCACAUAGAUUCCCUCUAUGAGUCAGCAGAGGGAUUUUCCAGCUCACAAAGUACAGAGCACACUGUAAGCAGCUCUAUAUUGGAAGAUUACAUCAAGACAGGUAGAUCACAGUGACCAGUGCUGUCGCAGUCAGUAGGGAGACCCUGUCAGAGUUCUUUUCAGUCUCUGAGGUUUCCGUCUGUCUGGCAUCAGGGUGAGAAUCACUGUGGCUGAACACAAUCACUUGCCAUGGUGAUUUAAUGGACUAAAUGCAGCACUUACUUUGAGUGCUGCAUACAGAUCACCUGUUAGUCUUGGGCUACUAAAUAUGACUCCAGCUGACCGAGGCGAUUACGAAUAAGGAAAAUAAAUGAAGGCAGCUCAAUCAAUUGCUUUGUGCACCAAAAACUAGUGCUACCACAAUUUAUUUGAAGGAUAUGUAUCACAAACGUUUCGGGGUAACUACUUUCUCAAUGCAGCAUGUGUAAAUUCUCCAGUUAGGGAAGGAAAACAUAAGGGAAAUAUACCAAAUAGUUACAUGCAAGAAGGCAGUAAUUACAAGUCUGCAAACAUCAAAGGAGGAACCCAAUACGUAAAAGUAAUGUGUAGAUAGAUUACAAUGUAAUAACAGUGUAUAUCACAAAUAAUAUAACAUGGACACAAUAUCCACUAUAUAUGCAUAAAAGACCCUACCAUAAGAGAUAAGAGCAGAUGACAGAACUCAGAGGGAAUAAAAAAGCUAAUAUAUCAAUAUGUCUUCAGAGAAAAAAAAAAGUUCAGUAAGAAAGGAAUAAUGGUAAUGAAGGAAUACUUACAAGACUCACCAUCCGGUGGGUACAGGGUGCCGUACCUACAGGAACCAGUGCUACUCAAGCUUCUCAUUAAGACCACAAGGGGCCACUGAGUCACAGAAACAUAGAAUGAGACGGCAGAUAAGAAGCAUUCGGCCCAUCUAGUCUGCCCAAUUUAAAAAAAAAAAAAACACUUUUUAGUCCCUGGCCUUAUCUUAAGUCUAGGAUAGCCUUAUGCCUAUCCCACGCAUGCUUAAACUCCUUUACUGUGUUAACCUCUCCACUGCCCUCUCUGUAAAGCAAUACAUCCUGAAAUUAUUUUUAAACCUUUGACUAUGUCCUCUUGUUGUGGUAGUUUUUCUUCUUUUAAAUAUUGUCUCCUCCUUUACUGUGUUGAUUCCCUUUAUAUAUUUAAAUGUUUCUAUCAUAUCCCCC